CCAAUAAAGGCCCAUAUCUUUCUCCAAUAGACGCAAUCGGACGGUGACUCUCUUUCUCUCUGUGCCGCUUCUCUCCUCUUCUCCUUUCUCUCCUCUUCUUCUUCUCUCUCUCUCUCUCGGUUCGUCGGCCUCGGCUAGGGUUUAUCAGUGGUUUGUCAAUGGAGGCUUCAUCGUCUCAGCCAUCCGAUUCUUCUGACCAAACGGCUUCUAAGUUCCUAUCUGACCUCCCGUCUCGCGGUUUCUUGUCUUCUACCGUUGUCUCUUCCAAUCCGGGAAGCUUGCGGGUCUACAUUUGUGAGCAUGACACGUCUCCCCCAGAAGGACAGCAUAUCAAAACAAACCAGCAAAAUAUACUAAUUAGAUCUCUCUUGUUAAAGAAGCAAAAAGGCGAAUCUAGUUCUAAAGACUCAAAAGGAACUGCUGAAGAUGGUCCUAAAAAGAGGGCUGCAAAUAGGGCUCUGGACGACAGAAGCUCAGCUAAAAGAGCUGCUAAUGCAUCUAGACAAGAGGGAUCAAGCAGUCGCACUGGCGAAAGAGACUUUCAGUCUUUGACAGUUGAGAAGCUCCGUGCCCUGCUCAAGGAGAAGGGCCUUCCAACAAAAGGAAGAAAGGAUGAGCUCAUUGCGCGUCUAAAGAGUGCCAACUGAAAUCAAGUUGAGAAAUCUCCCUGGUGAAUAUAUGUAUCUUUAGAGGUUUCCCAAAUAGGAGAAAAUUGUGAUAUGAAAAUUGUUGUUGUUCUUGAUCAAAUACAAAUCCUUCUGAUCUCAUCUGGAGAAUUUGUUAUCAGGAAUUAGGCUACUUUAAUUUAUGAAUCCGGUUUGGUGACCUUUGUAACAUGGAUUUCAUCUUUUGAUAUGUGAAGCAAACCAAACAAA